CAAGAACCCUUGAACAUGUCCGACAAAGCUCUCCAAUCCGCUGUUGAGCGGUGGCAGCUUAAAGCUGUUACAACCCAAUCCGACGAUACAAUUGUGUAUUCCAAGACAAUCUACCACUAUUUCACUAUUCCUACGACUCUGCUCAAUCCUGAUGUUCCCAGUUUUUUGGCCUCGCAUACCAUGAAAGAUGACGAACGCCAAGAUAUAGUAUCAGAUGGGGCAUUUCCAGGCUCUUGUGUCCCGGAUGAGUCCCGGGAAAUAUGGGUUGCUUACUUAAUAUGUUCUCUCGAUGUUCUUUUGGCUAAAGAAGUGGAUGUCGUUGCGGCACGGAAGUACUUACACCAACUGGCUACAUCGAUGCCGAAAAAUUGGUUCCAAGCGAUCGACUGGGGAAAGAAAAUGUGUGAGCUCUUACUGGGACCCAAUGAAACAGCACAAUCGACCAGCAAUAUGAAAAACAUCGUGCGCUCGUUGGAGUACAAUGUGGAGCAGCUGUUGGUAGGCCAGGUGGCAGAAGGAUGUGACGCAAAUAUCCUGCGGAAGGUGGCAUUUGAAUUGGGUUGCGAGCCACAAUUCUCAUGUAUAGCUACUGUUUCAACUACACGUCUAAAGUGUUGCAUUCCUGUCUUUGUCUUCUCUUAUUACGUUACACGCCGGAAAAUUCUUACAAUUACCAAGGAUUCAACUUACAGCGCCAGUAUCACUUAUGUGUGUGGGGGUCAAUGUUUCCUCAGGCCCGCUGAAGAAUUAUUGAUUGAUUUCACAGGGAAGUAUUAUGUCAUGUCAAAAAGAACAAGUUCAGUCUCAUUGCAUGAUAUGAAUCCACAAUGAUAUAAGCGCCAAUCGCUCUUCCACAAGCUACUGUACAAUCUUUAUGUACUCUUCUGGGUUUUUGAAAAGUCUCUGCCCAGCUUUCUCAAGACCGUGCUUUUCCAGCACACCGUGCCACUCAUCUACUUCGUCCUGAGUUGGAAUACGGCG